UUAACGAGCUCCGACAGUUUCAUCAACACCCUCUCGUCAAAGGAAAUAUGACGUGAGACGCAAUUGAGGCACUAAUUGGCCUCAUCAGUGACGCGUUUAAUGAGGGCAUUUGAUGAGUCGUUUCUAUAAUGGAGCAGUGACAGAGGAAAUCAUAGCUUAUUUAGCCUGCAGGAGAGCAGUACACAUACCAUUAACGAGUUGAACAAUGUCUCUAAUAGUCACGUUUCUUGUGGUGACCUUGGUCGCUCAGUGUUGGGGAGAACCACAGCGGAGGAACUGGACUCCUCAGGCCAUCUUAUACCUAAAAGGAGCACAAGGACACCGUUCAGUGUUGCGGCGCACCAGCAGAGAGGAAGGGGACACUUUCCAUAGAGGGACUCACAACCAGAGCAGUGAUGGAAAUGAACUGUCGUUGUCAUCCAUUCUUCUGGAGCUCCUGCAGCGAGCUGCUGAAGGAGGUGGAGGCAAUCCAAAUAAUUCCCAGGAUGAACCAGAGCUGAUUUAAAAAUGUGUGAAGAUAUUUCUUAUCUCAUUCUCAUAUUCAUUGUAUUUUCUUAAACGUGUUACUUGUCCCUGUUCCGAGUUUACAAACGUGUUAAAUAAAUACAAUUCCCUUGCCUCGUCA